AUGAAGUCCUUUUUCGCCCUUGCUCUUCCUCUUCUGGCUGCGGCUGCCCCUGCGCCCAUCACCGAGCCCCGGGCUGAUGCCGAUGCCAACCCCAACUUCAGCGUGAUGGCUGUUCGCUCAGCCUCGCCCAUCCACUACACUCAGCUCAACGCUGCCGGACAGAAGUUCUGGCUGGGCGGCAACACUGCCUCGUACUGUCCUCACAUUGAGGGUCUGGAGUGUCCCCCCGGUAACCAGACCGUCCUCGCUCCCGGCGGUGGCUCUCUUGAUGUCGAGGUCCCCGCAUCCCCCCCUGGUUCCGCCGUUGGCGGCCUCUCCUACGUCCCCGGCAAGCCCUGGGCCCACUACACCUUUAACGGAUGGAACGCAACUGGCCUGAUGGCCUGCCCGACCGAGGACAAUCGCUGGCAAGUCUUUGCCGCCAUGCAGAAUGCCACCGUGCCCCAGGGUAAUGUUGGCGACUGCCUCGGUUUCUCGGCCCUCGCCCUGACGUACAAGGGUGAUGUGCCCGCUUGGCAAUACAUCUAG